AUGUCUUUCUUUCUUUCUUUCUUUCUUUCUUUCUUUCUUUCUUUCUUUCCAACUUUUAUCUUUUCUUUUCUUAGACUUCUAUCAUUUUGUCACUCUAUCUUUCUCUCUCCUCGUCCUCUCUCUCUCUCUCUACUUUUCUUCUUUCUUUCUUUCUUUCUUUCUUUCUUUCUUUCUUUCUUCCUUCCUUCUUUCUUUCUUUUUUUUCUUUCUUUCUUUUUUUCUUUUUUUUCUUUCUUUCAUUUAACUCCCUUUCCUUCAUUCCUUCUUUCUUCGCUGUCUUUUUUUCUUUCUUUCUCUUUUCUUUCUUUCUUUCUUUCUUUCUUUCUUUCUUUCUUUCUUUCUUUCUUUCUUUCUUUCUUUUCCAUUACAAUUGUUCUUCCUUUCUUUCUUUUCCAUUGCAGUCCACACCUUAAAACUAUAUUUCUUCAUCUAUCUAUCUAUCUAUCUAUCUAUCUAUCUAUCUAUCUAUCUAUGCUACUACAUCACAAGUCCACACUCGUUAUCUUAACUUUUUCUUUCUUUCUUUCUUUCUUUCUUUCUUUCUUUCUUUCUUUCUUUCUUUCUUGCUUGCUUAUCAUUCUUUCUUUCUUACCUAAAUACUUCUUCUUCUUCUUCAACUCCUUUUUUUUUAACUCUGCUUUUUUAUUCUUUUUUCUUUCUUUCUUUUUCUUUCUUUUUUCUUUCUUUCUUUCUUUCUUUCUUUCUUUCUUUCCAACGAUUUUCUGA